UAUCUUAACACGAGAAGCAUGAAGCACGCUGUCGUGAGUCUGUUCAUUGUUCUGUGCGUGCUGUGUUUCACGAAGCAGACGGAAUGCUACAGGAUACUGGCCAUCGUCGCGACGCCAUCCUACAGCCAUCAGGUCCCGUUUUGGCGAUUAUGGCUAGAAUUGCACGAACGAGGCCACGAAAUUGUGCUGGUCACCACGAACCCUAUAUCGGGAAUCAACUCUCUGAAUUUUACCCAGAUCGACAUUAGCAGGAAUUCCGGACAAUUAGGCCAGAUGAACUUGGUGGAAUUGAGGUUUGAUGGAAGAGUAUGGCACAAAAUCAUGGAGGACGUAUUCUUGGAGAAGUGCACUGAUUACGCCAUACCAGUGUUCGAAACCCCGCAAAUGAAGAAGCUCUAUGCUCCAGACAGCAACGAAAGAUUCGACGUUUUCCUGACGGAGUUCCUCUACACACCGUCCCUAUAUGCAUUUGCGCACAGAUUUAACGUGCCCAUAAUAGCGCUAAGUUCAUUGGGGAUGAUCUCCCAUAAUGAACACACCCUUGGCGGAAUAGUGCUUCCCUCUCACGAGUACGCGUGGGAAUCGCAAGCGAACACGGGCCCGAAUUUGUCUUUCACACAGAGGCUGUUAAAUUUCAUAUAUAUGUGGCGAUUUCUAUACAUCUUACAUCGGGACGUGUACCCGUCUCAACAGAAACUGGCAGAGAGUUACCUUGGACCUUUACCUCCCCUACUGGACAUCAUGAAGAACGUUAGUGCGUUUUUCAUCGAACAAUCCGACGUUUUGACACCUGCCCGACCAAAACUAGCCAACAUGAUCACGUUUACUUCCACUCACAUAGUAGAAAAUCCGGAUCCUCUGCCGAAGGAUUUGCAAGAGUUCGUCGACGGUGCAGAUGCGGGAUUCAUCUACUUCAGCUUGGGCAGCAACGCAAAAAGUGCAGAUUUGCCAAUAGAAAUACAACGAAUGUUCUGCGACGUGUUCGCCAAGUUACCGUACAGAGUCGUGUGGAAAUUCGAAACGGAUCUAGUCGAAAAACCCUCCAACGUGUACACCGGCAAAUGGUUCAGUCAGCAAGCCAUCCUCGCUCAUCCGAAGGUUAAACUGUUCAUCACGCAAGGAGGUCUGCAAAGUACCGAGGAGGCCAUUCACUUUGGAGUUCCAGUUAUUGUUAUCCCAAUAUUGGGUGAUCAAGAUUAUCAAGCAGCCAGAGUGAAUGCGCUUGGCAUUGGGACACGUCUGGAGCUCAGAACUAUCACGAGAGACGAAAUCGAAAAUGCUGUUCGAGAAGUGAUAACUAAUACACAGUACAAAGAAAGGAUGAGUAGAGUUCAGAAUCUCACCAAGGACGUACCCUACGAUCUCGUGAAGAAUUUGGCAUGGUGGACGGAGUACGUGGUCCGAUCGGACGGUGCUCCUCAUCUUCGUUCCAGCUUAGCCAAGCAACCUUGGUACCAAUAUUGCGACAUGGACAUCGUGGUGUUCCUAACGAUUGUCACUGUCCUCGUGGUUUCAAACGCACUUAAUAUAAUUGCCAAACUUUUCGUGUACUCUUACAAGAGGUUUUACUCCUGUAAUUCUCAGAAGCAGAAGGUGAACUAAUCCAAUGCUGAAUGUACUCAUACAGUUACCCCAAGGACGAUUAAAUGUUAAAUAUUAUAUACUGGCAAUGAGUUUUAUAGUUCAAUUAAGUGCGCUAAUCAGUUUUGGGCCAGUGAAAGAAGGAUUUCUCUCAGAAGAUCGUAAGCAGCGAAGAAGUGCGUGCAUCUGCUGAAUGCUACCGUUCGAGGAUCAGUGAGUCGUCGCCAUAAUUAAUUUUUAAAUUCCCUUUGCGGUGUUGUCGUGACUGCAUUGGUUGCAAACACACCCUGACAAGUUAAAUGGACAGUUGAAUCACGUAAAUAGCAAAUACUUAUCAGAAUGUGGUUGUGAACGUCAAGCCACGUCAUUUAUUAUUUGGCUGCUUCGGUGCAGGUUGAUACCAAUUGAAGGAAAUUGACAUUAAAUUGCAAGUGUCUUUGUUUAUUAAAGUAUUUCCGGAUUUCGGAUCGUUGAGCAGAACGAAUGUUUUUGGAAGAUUAAUAAUAGAAUCGUGUUUCUCCAUUUAGAAUUUAUUUUCGAUUGGCACCGUCAUUGUCACAUUACUUACCCUCCGGAAACACUAGCUUUACGAUCGUCUUUAGCUGUUACGAAGGAGAUUGACAGUUUAUUGUUUUUUUCCUUUUUUCUGUCCUUUCUUACAUCAAUGCUUCAUGAAUCUGUGUACUCCCACUCCUUUUGGUAUUAAUUUGAGAUCGAAGAAAUGAAAGUUGUGUAAUCCCUAGGGACGAAAUAGAAAUAGUUUGUGUAAUAAUCUCUGAAAUAUUUGUAACCCUCCCAAGUCAGGGAAUGAAGAUGAUGAAAAAUUC